CACGAAAGUGGAAACACCUAAUUCAGUACGUCAAAAUGACGGUCUCGGAGAGUACAAUUUAGAUUUUUCAAAAUUCCCAUUGUAAAUAAGAUUUAAUGCGUAUUUCUAAUUGUAACACAUGACAAACACUUAUAUUUAUUGUGACGACCAAAAGUUCUCUUAGUUCUAGUCAGAAAUGGUACAACUUGCUGACCCGCCAUACGACAUAAAUUACUACUACAGUUUGUAUCCGACACUGCUGGCGGAGCUUUUGUUGUAUUUUAGGAAUUUUGCUUUGUAUAUAAGCUUAUGGGUGUUCGGGUACUUGUGUUUGUGCUGUCUGGUGUAUCGGCGGUAUGCGAGGCGGCUGCCGACUCGGACCCGCGGUGCUCUGGGUGCGAGACGAGUGUUGGUGGUCGUAGCUCACCCGGAUGACGAGUGCAUGUUCUUCGGGCCCACGAUCUUCAGAUUGUGCGAGCAAGGUGCUGACGUACAUAUACUGUGCUUAUCAAAUGGUAACUUUGGAGGCAAAGGAAAAAUAAGACGGAAGGAACUAUGGGAGGCGUGUCUAGAACUCGGUGUACCAAACCAGAAUAUUUGUAUAAUAAUGGAUGACCGGCUGAAGGACAACCCGAGGGUCCAGUGGCCUGUACCGGUGAUCGCUAAGCUGAUACAUCAUCAUGUAGAAGUGAUAGAUGUGGAUACCCUGGUCACGUUUGAUAGAGGCGGAGUGUCGGGCCACGCUAAUCACUCCGCUGUGUUUUAUGCAGUUGCUUAUAUGUUUGUUGAGAAAUUAAUACCACAGAGAUGUACAGUAUACACAUUAGAUUCAGUAAAUAUAUUCAGGAAGUACAUAGGCUUCCUGGAUCUGCCACUUAGUUUUUUACUUUCUUCUAAAAGAUACUUCCUCCGCUGGACGGAAAGCCGGCGCAUAGUCCGCGCGAUGAAGCGCCAUCGUUCCCAAAUGGUGUGGUUCCGCUACCUCUACGUGUUCUUCUCACGGUACAUGAUCAUCAACACCCUCAGACGAAUCAGCUUAGCAGACAUAGAACUUGAGCUGGAGGUAGACGAUUGAGUACAAAGACUUUACAUAAAGUUUUAAGCUGUUAAUAGACAAAAGUGAACAUUUUUGUAUGCAUUUGGCGUAGACAAAGCUAGAUUUUAUAACAUUUUUGAUAAUGUUCCAAAAAGUCUAGGUUUAUGAGUUAAGGUCAGAGCACACAUGAACAGUAUGGCAUGGUAUGGCGCAGCUGAUGUUAGGUAGUUGCUAGCCUGCUGUCUCCCAAAUGUUGGCUUUUUAAACUGACGUUCUAAAAUGUUUCAUAUGAGAUACGAAUUAAGGGUGAAAUUCAAAUGACAAGUUAAUCACUGAAUUGGAGUUGCGCCACUCCCGUGCCGUGUUGUUCAUGUGUGCCAUGACCUUUAUGACUUGUUUUUAAUGUCUGUUGUAAAUAGUCCAGCCACUUUAAUAUUUUGUUGGUAAUUAAUGCUACUCCUUAUUUGAUAGUGGGUUUAAAAUAUAGUGGUAGCAUUGGCUUACUACAAAACGGUAAGGAUGCUGUCUGUUAGAUCAAUAUAAAUGGUUGUAAAGAGAUAAAACUUAUUUAAAAAGAUUUUAAAGUAAAGAUUCACCUUCAUUUUAGUGGGCUUAGAAGCAUGCCUUUGCAUGCACCUUUCACUUGUGUCAUUCCUUUUUUCCUUUAUAAAGUUCCUCACUAAAGUACCAAUUACUUAAUUAUUUUUUAACAUUGAAGAGAAAAAAUAUUUCGUACAUUUAUAAUAUACGUUUUACGGCAGCAAAAGGUUAAUAUUUUUUGUAUAUUGACUAAAUAUUCCUGCCCUGUUCGCAGAGCAAAUAAUAUUUUUAUUUGCCUUUUCAUGGCAUUUCUUCACACGCCUUGCUAAAAUGCCUAAUCUGCUGACUAUCGAGCUAUGAACUCGCCAACAGAAGCUUAGACUUCUAGAUAAAAUUAGUUUGAUAAUAAUUGAGCUUGCAAGGGCAAACAGCUUGGCAUCUUCUUAAAAAGUAAAAUCGAACGCAAAAUGCUUCAUUGAACUUUACAGCCAUCACAUAACUUACUAAUAUUUUAAAGAGGUUCAAGUUUGUGUGUUUGUGACGUUUAGGGGUAAUCUCUGGAACUGCUGAACCAACUUUGAAAAUUUGUUUUUCAGUAGAAAGGAAAGCUACGUUAUUUGUGAGUAAAUAGCCCAUAUUUACCUGAAUACGCCACGGGAAUGGGCUAGUUAGGAAAUAAAUUGAAUGAUGUUAAAGAUAAAAGUAGGGUAAUAAUUGUGAAUGUGCAAAGUUCGAGAUAGGUAAAGAACAGAAGUUUCUAUGGCAUAUAAUAAGUUUGAUUUAUUACACGUAUUAAAGAACGAAUUACCUAUUUAAUUACAUUUUAAUGUACAAGAUUUUUUUUUAUACCUACUUCAACUUGGUUGGUUCAACUUUGAGAAUUAUAAACUUUAGUGCAAGGCCAUUGUUUUCAAUGAUAGUUGUGGAAUUUUGCUUUUAUUGACUUUGAUAUUAUUUUGAAAAGAUGUAUAUUGAACGAGGUUUUUAUUUAUACCUAAAUCAAAAGACAAAUGGGAUAUACAGAGAUUUCUAUAUUUAUUGUGUUUGUGAAUGUGUAAUUUUUUUUCAAAUUUUAUUGAGUGUUGCCAGGAUAUUUUUUAUUCGGAAUUUCUUUCCAAAGAUAUAAUGACUACGCUUACUUUUUUAUGGACUUAAUAUCCUGGCUCCGCCUGCAAAUGAGCGCUUCGUCAGUUGAAUGUUUGUAAAUUAAUCGCUAGUCUGUUAUUUAGUAUAGGGGUUUAAAAUUACGACGAACUUAUAUAAAAUAAUUUUGAAAAAUAUUGUCUUUACAACUUGGUCACGAUUUGAAAAAAAAUUGAUCAAAUGUAUUGUUUAUCCUGUGAUAUUCAGUUCUUUUAAAUCGCGUUUAAUUGGCAUUUAUUUAUUUUGAAAUGAGUUUCCAUGUUAAUAUUUUAUCAGAUGUCCAAUAAACGAUCAAAGUGAUCAUAAUGUUA